AGACAAUACGUACUUCCCCACUAGUCACCAGUUCAUUUGUACUUCUGGCCUUCGGCCGCUUAUAACCUUCCGAGUUCCGGCCACCUGACUAGAAAUUCCCGUGAAAUAAUGGCCGGAGUUCUUAACUUCCGACCGACACCAGUUCUCCGAUUACCUUCGUCCUCUAGAAAACCUAACAAUAAGGUUUCGCUCAGAGUUGCGGCCGAGCUUUCAGAAACCUCUCUCCCUUCUUCUUCUGCUUCUGUCAGCACAGAAGAAAGACUUAACAACAUAUCUCCAACUAUAUCUCCUCCUCCCAAUUUCAAGCCUCCCCAGCCAAAGCGGUUCGCAGUUCGCCCUGACAAGAUUUUCGACAUACUCGGGGCUUCUCUCGCUUUGAUAUUUCGUCUAGGAACUGGAGUUUUUGUUUCGGGGUAUUCUGCAUCUUUUGUAUCUUCUGAUGAGAUUCCCCCGGGCCAGUAUGCACUAGAAAUUGCAGGUUUCAAGGUGAAAGAGACCUCAAAAUUAGGCCCUCGUCCAGAGAAGCCUAUUGAGAUCUAUGAAUUUGAAAGCUGUCCAUUCUGUCGGAAGGUUAGGGAAAUUGUAGCUGUCUUGGAUCUUGAUGUUCUGUUUUAUCCUUGUCCAAGAAAUGGUCCAAAUUUUCGUCGCAGAGUUGCUCAGAUUGGUGGAAAACAGCAAUUCCCUUACAUGGUGGAUCCAAACACUGGUGUAUCGAUGUAUGAAUCAGAUGAUAUAAUUAAAUAUUUGGUUGGGAAAUAUGGUGAUGGGACAAUCCCUUUGAUGCUGUCACUUGGGCUACUAACCAGCUUUGCCAUGAUUGGUCGUAUGGGAAAGGGAACAUCAUAUUCUCCUUCAAAACUGCCCCCUAAACCACUUGAAUUAUGGGCCUAUGAGGGAUCUCCCUUCUGCAAAGUUGUACGUGAAGUUCUGGUUGAAUUAGAGUUGCCACACCUGCUUCGAUGCUGUGCUCGUGGCAGCCCAAAACGGCAGAUACUAUAUCGGCAAGCAGGGCAUUUUCAGGUACCUUAUUUAGAGGAUCCCAACACUGGAGUAAAAAUGUUUGAAAGUGCAGAAAUUGUAGAGUACCUCAGAGCAACUUAUGCUCUUCCCUAAGAAUAGCUUGCCUAUAGAAUUUGAGGUUACUUGUGCACUUGUAUAUGAUUCACCAUAUACUUAUGAACAUUUUUACAUGUAAGUAUUGAUGAUAAGAAAAAAGGUCCUUCUACAAGCUUCACUAUGAUUAAUAUAGUAAUGUUUCACCCCUCAUCAAAUGAUAUCCUUGAUCUUAGUGUAUUUAGUGAAGUAGGUUUUCACACGCAUAGGCUCAUAUGUAUGAAUCCUGUACAUUAACAGCAGCUGGUUUUACAAUGCAUAGAGAAAAUAAACCUUCAAUCUUCUCUAGUGGAGGAGACAAGUGUUGGUUUAUAUUGAAAA